CGCAACGCGCGUGUGCUGGACUUGCCGCCGGAACUAGGUGCGUCGGACACGCUCGAGCGCGCGUCUUCGGAGGUUUCUGGGGCCUCGUCACCCCCCAGAGACUUCCACGACGCGACGUCUGCCGCUGCGCCGAGUCCUGCAGCGCCGCGCCGCCGCGUAGAGGACUUCUAUGACGUACAGAGCGAGCUUCUCGGCCGCGGACACUACGCCGUCGUGUGUCGCGGCCGCUGCCGCCGCACGGGCCGCGCCGUGGCCAUCAAGAAGAUCAAGCGCUUCCUCACGGACCCCAAGCGACUGCGCGCUGAGAUUACGGCGUUGCGGCGCGUCAAGCAGCACCCGAACAUCGUGGAGCUCAUCGACGUGUUCGAGACCACGCGUGAGGGUCACCUGGUGCUGGAGCUCUGCACGGGCGGCGAGCUGUUCGAGCGGCUGGCGGAGAAGGGCGCGUACUCGGAGGCCGACUGCGUGCGCCACGUGCGCGACAUGGCGCGCGCCAUCAAGUACCUGCAUGAGUGUGGCAUCGUGCAUCGGGACCUCAAGCCCGAGAACAUUCUACUAUCGACACCGGACGACCAUGAUGCUGUAGUGAAGGUGGCAGACUUUGGGCUGGCCAAAGUCUUCGCAGGCACGAAUCUUAAGACCAAGUGCGGCACGUGGGGGUACUCGGCGCCAGAGAUGAUCUCUGGUUCCGGAUCGGCUUUCGGCUACGACGACAAGGUGGACUCGUGGAGUCUGGGCACCAUUAUCUACAUUCUGCUGUGUGGCUACCACCCGUUCGACCCCGAGGGGGAUCGCUCCGACAACGAGAUGAUUGCAAGCAUCAAGGCGUGCAGCUUCGAGUUCGACGACGACGGCUGGGCCACCAUCAGUGACGGCGCCAAGGACCUGGUGCGGCAUCUAUUGGUGCUGGACCCCGACGAGCGCUUCAGUAUGGCUCAAGUGCUGGAACACCCGUGGAUCAAUGGGGCCUCUCCUGCGGCGCUUCAUGCCUCGGAGAUGCCCCUGUCACCCACCAUCCACCACGAGCUGGCCAAGUACCGGGAGCACACCAAGCAAAAGGUA